AUGCCUCCUAAGAAGACCUCCAAGCCCGCCCAGGAGAACAUCUCCUUGGGCCCCCAGGUCCGCGAGGGCGAGCUCGUCUUCGGCGUUGCCCGUAUCUUCGCCUCCUUCAACGACACCUUCGUCCACGUCACCGAUCUCACUGGCCGUGAGACCAUCUGCCGAGACGUCGCUGCCCGCUGCAAGGAGCUCGGCAUCACUGCCCUCCACAUCAAGAUCCGCGCUACCGGUGGUACCGGCACCAAGACCCCCGGUCCCGGUGCCCAGUCUGCCCUCCGUGCUCUCGCCCGUGCCGGCAUGAAGAUUGGCCGCAUUGAGGACGUUACCCCCACUCCCUCCGAUUCUACUCGCAGGAAGGGUGGUCGCCGUGGUCGUCGUCUGUGA